AUGCGUAUCGGGCUGAGAGCACCAAAGCCCGUCUCUAAUUUAAUACGCGACAUAAAGUCAGCCUUUUUAUCACUUGAUUAUGGUUUGUCACCCAAAGUAACGGUAGAGAAGCUCAAAACACACAAAUGGCGUAAAUUUGAUAUACAGUGGUUAAUUUACUUCCUUAUUGCGCUCCCGAGCUUUAUAAUGAUGUCAAUUCCUAUCCCUCUCGUGAAAUGGCUGAUACCUGUCGUUUACUUCGGGUUGAUCAUCACUCCGGUGACUUCUCAGUUCUUUCUUCCUGGUACGCCAAUAUUGUGUUGGUUAAUGACGUUUUUCUGUGCACGCUUCAUACCAACGCCCGUAAGACCUACAAUCAAUGUUACUAUUCUGCCGACGUUAGAAUCAGUGUGGUAUGGCGCCAACAUCAGCAAUCUGGUUACAACGCACAGACAUUGGAUACUGGAUAUAUGCGCGUGGUUUCCUUACGGACUGGUUCACUACGUCGUUCCCUUCGUUAUUGCCGCCGUUGCGUGGGUCUACGCACCUGCCAAAGGCGGCGCUGACAGAAAUGGACAUAAGCCAUACUCCGCCUUGCAGUUCUGGGGCUUCGUAUUUGGUGUAAUGAACAUCAUUGGUGUUAUUGUGCAGGUCAGUUUCCCUUGCGCACCUCCUUGGUAUGAACUCCUUUACGGAUUGCUUCCAGCUGAUUAUUCCAUUCCUGGUAGCCCAGCUGGAUUGGCUAGAAUCGAUGAACUGAUGCACUCGCAUUCAUAUUCUUCCGCAUUUGGUGCAUCGCCACUUGUAUUUGGUGCAUUCCCAUCUCUGCAUGCUGGUUCAGCGACUAUAGAGGCGCUUUUCUUGUCGCACUUCUUCCCUAGAUUCAAGGCAUUCUACUGGGCGUAUGUAGGUUGGCUGUACUGGGCGACAAUGUACCUCAGUCAUCACUACUUGGUCGAUGCAGUUGCAGGUGCCUGUUUAGCAACUGCUUGCUUCUACGUCUUGCUUCCUGAGCAUCUUAGAGAUCCGGGCGGUCUGCCUACCAAUGCAGACAUCGGUAAGGAAAAGAUACUUCCAUUUUCAGGCGCUAGGAGUGCUGUUAAUGGACACAGACGUAUCUGGUCUGCAGCGGCUGAUUCCGAGUAUGCAUUGGAUGAUCUUCCAUCUCAACUCGGCAGCCCAACCGACGGACAUGGCCAUGCUCAUCUGAACAACCUUCUCCCCCAGUCUGAAUCCAGAUCAAGCUCAAUAUCUCACGCUAGCUCUGCUGUUCACUCGCGAUCACAAACACCAAACAAGCAACCGAACCAAGCUGCACGGAUAUCUACCUCUGAUAGUCCUCAAGAACACCCUGCGGAGGAGGACGUCUUGUUCGACAACGAUCAGCACUCACCCUCAACUUCGAGCCACACAUCUAGAAUAGAAAAGCAUGUAGUUUAA